CAAACGGGCGUAUCUCGCACCUGUGACCGGCAUAUGUGUGGUACGUACCGGGGCGGGUUAUAGUGCUUCACGGGGGGUCGCGCGCUAGCCCAGCUGUCCAGCGCUGCUUGCACUGGCGGCGCGUGUUUUUGGCGCGCCGACCGCGAAGCUCUCUACGUACGUCUCAAAUUUCGAGUUGGUCUGAUCGCAUCUUCGUCGCAACGGCGAGAGAACAGAGCUUCCACUCUUCCUCCUCUCACCACCCUCUCUAUCUCCCCGUCUACAUCUGGCUCUUGAAGCUCCGCCGUCGUCAUGACUGCCAUUGAGAGCUUCGACAACAUCUACUUGGACCUCUCCAAGGAGAGCGGCAAGUGCAGGUUCGCCGAGACGGGAUUCGGCUGGAAGCCCUCCAGCGGCGGCGACACCUUCACCCUCGACCACGCCAACAUCGCGGCCGCGCAAUGGAGCCGCGCUGCGAAGGGUUACGAGAUCAAGAUCCUCCAGCGCGCUAGCUCCGGCAUCAUUCAGCUGGACGGCUUCUCGCAGGAGGACUACGACCGCCUUGCCAAGGUGUUCAAGAACUGGUACAGCACCGCCCUCGAGAACAAGGAACACGCCCUUCGCGGCUGGAACUGGGGCAAGGCCGAGUUCUCCAAAUCGGAGCUCACCUUUAGCGUCCAGAACCGCCCGGCCUUUGAGCUGUCCUACUCUGACAUUGGCAACACCAACCUUGCCGGUCGAAACGAGGUCGCUGUCGAGAUGACCCUGCCCCCGACCGCCGCCGCCGACACUGGUGCCAACCCCCAGCUGGGUGGCGCUCGCGCAAAGGGCACCAAGGCCGCCGCUGGCCGUGAUCAGCUCGUCGAGAUGCGCUUCUACAUCCCCGGAACCGCUACCCGCAAGGAGACGGAGGGUGAGGACGCAGGCAGCGAGAACGGCGAGGAGGUCAAAGAUGCGGCUGCCCUCUUCUAUGAGACGCUCAUCGACAAGGCUGAGAUUGGCGAGACGGCUGGCGAUACCAUUGCCACCUUCCUGGAUGUUCUGCAUCUCACCCCCAGAGGUCGUUUCGAUAUCGACAUGUACGAAGCCUCGUUCCGCCUUCGUGGCAAAACAUACGACUACAAGAUCCAGUACGAGGCCAUCAAGAAGUUUAUGGUGCUUCCCAAGCCCGAUGAGACGCACUGCAUGCUCUGCAUAGGCCUCGACCCCCCUCUGCGCCAGGGCCAGACCCGCUACCCCUUUGUGGUGAUGCAGUUCAAGAAGGACGAGGAGGUGACGAUCGACCUCAACCUCAACGAGGAAGAGCUCAAGAGCAAGUACCAGGACAAGCUAGAGCCCCAUUACGAGGAGCCCCUGCACCAUGUCGUGGCCAAGAUCUUCCGUGGCCUGGCCAACAAGAAGAUUUCGUCCCCUGCCAAGGACUUUAUCACACACCGGAACCAAUACGGAAUCAAGUGUUCCAUCAAGGCCAGCGAGGGUUCCCUGUACUGCCUGGAAAAGGCCUUCAUGUUCGUCCCCAAGCCCGCCACAUACAUCGCCUACGAGCAGACCCAGUCUGUCACCUUCUCCCGUGUCAGCGGUGCUGUUUCCGCCCUCUCCACCUUUGACAUCACUGUCCUUCUCAAGAACGGCGCCGGUUCGUCUCAGUUCAGCAACAUUAGUCGUGAGGAUCUUAAGGCUCUCGAGAGCUUCUUCAAGCUCAAGGGCCUGCGGGUUAAGAACGAGAUCGACGAGGAUGCCAACAUGCUGGCCGCCGCCCUGCGCCAGCAGGAUAUGGACGACUCUGAAGACGAAGUUGUUGGGGCUAAGGCUGACCGAGGCUCUGCCGAUGAGGAUGAGGAGAGUGUCGACGAAGACUUCCAGGCCGACAGCGACAGCGACGUGGCGGAAGAAUUUGACAGCGACCACGAGAGUUCUGGCUCUGGCAGUGAUGCUGACAGCGGCGUGAACAAUGAUGACGACGACGGUGAUGAGGAGGAAGAGGAGCAGGAAGAGGAAGAGCGACCCAAGAAGAAGAAGAAGACUGGUUGAGAAUAAUAUCUAGGUCGGGGCUGUAUCUUAUCAGGGAAGCCACAACACUAUAGGCAGGGGGUGAGAGUUAGGAUGACAGAUGAGAACCGAGUUGAGGAAAAAUCUUGGUUUGAGACAAAGAGGGACGAAACGGCGUUCAGGCUGGAAAGAUGGUCACACACACACAUAUGGGCUCAUGUAGUAGUAGUAGUAGUAGUAGCAGC